UACAGAUCAGCGUUUAAAAAUUAUGUUGUCAGAUUUUUGAAAUCACUCUUAAGGAAUCAAGUUUGUUCUAAACAUGAUAUCGAUAGAGAAUAUUAACACCUGCCGAGUGUUUCUGCUUAUACUGCAUCUAACUGGAGUUACAGUGACAGGAUAUUGUACUGAAAGUUAUCAGUGUUCGAAAGCUUGCCAAACUACUGUUGCAGCAGAAACAAGUUGCUGGUUAUUGUUUUCUUGCACGGAAUAUAAAAUAGCGUAUAAAAGUUGUCCAGAUAUUUGCUACAGAUGUUGUGAUGGAUAUACAGGGACAUAUUGUUCUGAAGAUGUGAACGAAUGUUCCGGUUGGACAGAUUGCUCGCAGGAAUAUGAGAAUACCUUUGGCUCAUACAGAUGUUCCUGUCGCAGCGGAUAUAGCCUGUCGUACGACGGCUAUUCUUGUUCAGAUUUGAAUGAAUGUUCAUACUGGAAUACUUUGUCCGGAGCGAAUAACUGUGAACAAACAUGUACUAAUACCGUUGGAUCGUAUAUGUGUUCAUGUUACCAAGGAUUCAGAUUACUGUACAAUGGAUAUUCUUGUCAAGAUGUUGAUGAGUGUUCGGAGAGUUCAGCGAAUUGUGCCCAAUCUUGUAUAAAUACAGCAGGAUCUUACAGCUGUGCCUGCUUCAAUGGUUAUGAACUGUCCUAUGAUAGAAGGUCAUGCAUGGACAUCGACGAAUGUUCCAGUGAUAAUGGAGGAUGUUCUCACGUUUGUACAAAUGACCUCGGAUCGUAUCUUUGCACAUGUAGAGAUGGCUUCAUCCUAGACGCGGAUGGACAUACUUGCUCCGAUGUAGAUGAAUGUUUGGAAGAAAAUGGUAGCUGUGAAGUAAGAUGUGAAAAUACUCCAGGUUCGUAUGUAUGCAGCUGUGACAAUGGUUUUAUAAUCAACAACGAUGAUCAACAUUGUGACGACAUGGACGAAUGCUCUGAUAAUAAUGGAGGAUGUUCUCACAUUUGUACAAACGAACCAGAAUCUUAUCAUUGCACAUGUAGAGAUGGAUUCACCCUAGACGCGGAUGGGCAUACUUGCUCCGAUGUAGAUGAAUGUUUGGAAGAAAAUGGCAGCUGUGAAGUAAGAUGUGAAAAUACUCUAGGUUCGUAUGCAUGCAGCUGUGACAAUGGUUUUAUAAUCAACAACGAUGAUCAACAUUGUGACGACAUCAACGAAUGUUCUGAUAAUAAUGGAGGAUGCGCUCACAUUUGUACAAACGAACCAGGGUCAUAUCAUUGCACAUGUAGAGAUGGCUUCACCCUAGACGCGGAUGGACAUACUUGCUCAGAUAUAGACGAAUGCGUAACACUAAAUGGAGGCUGUCAAGAAUCGUGUACCAAUACUGAGGGAGGUUUUGAAUGCAGCUGCUAUGAUGGUAAAGAAUUACUUGAUGAUGGAGUCACGUGUAAAAUAGACAUGGACGAUUGUUCUGAUAGUAACGGAGGAUGCUCUCACGUUUGUGUAAAACAACAAGGAUCUUAUCAUUGCACAUGUAGAGAUGGAUUCAUUUUGGACGCGGACGCACAUACUUGCUUCGAUAUAGACGAAUGCCUUACACUAAAUGGAGGCUGUCAAGAAUCGUGUACCAAUACUGAGGGAAGUUUUGAAUGCAGCUGCUAUGAUGGUAAAGAAUUACAUGAUGAUGGAGUCACGUGCAAAAUAGACAUGGACGAAUGCUCUGAAAAUAAUGGAGGAUGCUCUCACAUUUGUGCAAACGAACAAGGAUCUUAUCAUUGCACAUGUAGAGAUGGAUUCACUCUAGACGCGGACGCACAUACUUGCUCCGAUAUUGACGAGUGCGAAGAUGGUUUAUCCGGAUGCAUGCAUAGUUGUGAGAAUAUAGAUGGUUCCUUUAUCUGUCACUGUCACACAGGUUUUCAGCUUGGAGCAGACAAGUCAUCAUGUAAUGAUAUAGACGAAUGCGUAACACUAAAUGGAGGCUGUCAAGAAUCGUGUACCAAUACUGAGGGAGGUUUUGAAUGCAGCUGUUAUGAUGGUAAAAAAUUACUUGAUGAUGGAGUCACGUGUCAAAUAGAUGAUACCCAAGUGUCUGUGUUUGAUCGUUUACAAAUCAUUGGCAAAUUGCUCCCUGAAGGAUGCUUUUCGUUGCUGAUUGAUCAAUGUAUAGAUGGAAAAGACAAUGGCGUUACUAUAAAAUCUACAUCUGAAUGGUAUAAAUUGACAGAGCAGCCAUCAAUCUUUUAUACCUUUGGUAUUACAUUUGCUGAACUCAGCUCGAUGUCGUUACCAAUUUCUCUUACUGGUCUUCAGGUUACAAUAUCAGAAGCAGACUGUAAAUUUAGCUUUAGUCCUAGCGAAGAAACCGAUAAUUCGAAUAUAUUGGACAGCGAUGAAUCUUACAAAGAUUGUGAAAUGAUAGAUUUGACUGACCAGGAUAUAUUUGAUUUCCACACCUCUGGAUCAUUUUUGAAAACGUAUCUGCUCGCUUUAAGCAAUUCAUUACCGAAUUGGAUCGAAUUUUACGCGUCAGAUGAAUCUAGUCUUAGUAUUGAUAAUGUCAGAAGUGACAUUGUUUACGGUGAUGAAAUUAAAGAUAACGAAUGGUGUGAUGGUGUUCCUGUUCAAGAUAAGCAUCUUUACAAUGUUUUCAGACUAGACACAUCUUUCCGGCUACGAAUUUUUAGCCAAUAUAUUGAACUGGGUCAACUGCUAAAGGAUAGCCAGUUUUGUUUCAUUACUGAUCUUAGCACAAACGCUGCCGGCAGCUUUUAUCUCAUGGUACCUGAAGAUUCUCGAAGUUUUCUUGAAAGUGUUGGUGUCUUUCAAGAACUGAGAGAAACCUAUGGAUUGAAGAUACUUCCGAGAGGCAUAGGUCUAUCUGUUGUAAAUACAGGACAUCCAACGGAAUUGGAACUAUGGAAUGGAGACACUAUGUUUGAAACCUC